CCAUCCACGUGGCAGAGGGACCUGGGAGGGUGGGGCUUCAGGUUACCAAGCAGCAUCAAAGCAGCCGGUAUAAAAGCCCGGGCCAGCUAUCCUGGAACACCAGGGAUCAACUCUGCCGCGCGCGCUUUGAAUUUCUCCUCCGCGGGUUUGAAAAUCGUCUGACUCUGAACACCAGGCAGUCUCGAACAGAGAUCACCCCGUUCGGACGCUAGCGGCCAGAUGUGGUGUCUGGAGCGGCUCUUGCGAGACAGAGAUGGGUUUCUCCCGGGGCGCGCCCACCGCUCCAAAGCUCGCUCGUCCACUGCGUGCGCAAACGUGCUCACACCAGACCGCAUCCCAGAGUUCUGCAUCCCGCCGAGGCUGGAGCCUAGCACUGCCUGGGCUGCGCUGCGCGAUGCCUGGGCUGCGGACGCGGUGACCGACGACGGCGCGGGCCGCACCGACUGGGACCCGCGCUCUCAGGCUGCGCUCUCCCUCCCGCACCUGCCCCGCGCGCGCACCGUUUACGGCUUCUGCGCGCUGCUCGAGAGCCCGCACACGCGCCGGAAGGAGUCGCUCCUCCUCGGCCACCCUGGUGUCCCGGUCCGCCGGCCCGGGCUUCGCCACCGCACGCACACCUACGCGAGCCCGCGCCAAGUCCCGGACGCUCCGCGCCCUGCGCCUGGCGACCCAGACACUGCCCAGGUCUCGACGCCCACUCCUGCUCCUGGCAGACGCCGCCUCCUGCGCUCCCCCGGAAGGCUGCUGAGCCGCGCGCUGCGGGCCCCUCGACGUCAGGCCAGCGCGCGCCCCGCGUCCCGAGGCGACGAGAACGAGCGCGCCGCCUCCUGCGCGCCCCCGGCCCCCACCAGCCGGGAUCCCGAGCGCCUGCAAGCGGAGGCCAACGUGGCUCUUGGCCGCGGGGGUUGCACGCUGCGCCUGGCAGCCGAGUACUGUCCGCGCAGCGCCUGCCUCCGCCUCCGCCUGCUGCGCGCUGAGGGCCCGGCCGCCGCGCUCGAGCCCCGCGCCCUGGGCUGCCGCCUCAGCCUGGUGCUGCGGCCGUCGGGCCAGCAGCGCGCCAGUGUGGUCCGCCGCAGCCGCAAGGCCGCCCUGGACCAGGACUGCUGCUUCGACGGGCUCCCGGAGGAGCAGCUGCGCCGCCUGGCCGUGCGCAUCAAGGCCGAGAGCAAGGGCCGCGGGCUGGAGCGCGGACGACCACUGGGCCAGGGCGAGCUGCUGCUGGGCUCUCUGCUACUGCUCUGAGCGGGGCUCCCCUGGCGCCCUGGAGACCUAAGGUCGCAUGGCCAUGAGAUGCACAGAGACUCUUGGCCCAGGGACACUUGUAGCCUCUUGUUCCUGGAACACUUGCAGCUUCUUGGCCCCUAGACACUUGCAGGUCUUGGUCCUGGCACACUCUCAAGCCUCUUGGCUCUUGGACAGUGACU